AAGACAUUAUCUCAUCCAUUUGCCUUUGCCACUGAGCUUCAGUUACGCUCUUCUUCUUCUUCUUCUUCAUCGUCGUCGUAAUAUCUCAUCCAUAAGAUAUUAUGCACGAUGAAUUCGCAGCAUAUGCAGACACUUCUCGGUGUCCAGGCGGCGCUGCCACAAUCUCCGUUCUACUCCAGCUCAGUUCCAUUGCACGCACAACGACUUGAGCUUCGGAAAUUUUCCAAGCCCACCAUUUCGGCUACAAAUAAUAGUUUUUUACCCCAAUUUCGUCACUUUAGCUUCAGUUUUAGCAUUGGUCGUGGUGGUCGUCGUAGUAGUGGAAGCGCGGUCAGAUGCUCAGUGGCUGAAGAAGCAAAUGAAGUCGCGGAGCAGAAGCAGAAUCAACAGAUUGCGGUGAGGAGGGCUUACCCUUUCCGCGAAAUAGAGCCCAAAUGGCAGCGACAUUGGGAGGAAAACUCAACUUUUCGAACGCCGGAUGAGAUUGAUACCUCCAAGCCUAAAUUUUAUGUCCUCGACAUGUUUCCUUAUCCCAGUGGAGCGGGGUUACAUGUUGGUCAUCCACUAGGCUAUACUGCCACAGAUAUUCUUGCUAGAUUCAAACGGAUGCAGGGUUAUAAUGUUUUGCACCCAAUGGGGUGGGACGCAUUUGGAUUGCCUGCGGAGCAAUAUGCAAUAGAGACAGGAACCCACCCGAAGAUCACGACGGAGAAGAACAUUACCCGCUUCCGCACCCAGCUUAAAUCACUGGGCUUCUCUUAUGAUUGGGAUCGUGAAAUUUCUACAACAGAACCAGAAUAUUAUAAAUGGACCCAGUGGAUUUUUCUUCAGCUGUUAAAAAGAGGAUUGGCAUAUCAGGCUGAAGUGCCAGUUAAUUGGUGCCCUGCUCUUGGCACUGUGUUAGCAAAUGAGGAAGUGGUGGAUGGUGUGAGUGAGCGUGGGGGUCAUCCAGUUAUAAGAAAGCCAAUGCGGCAAUGGAUGCUCAAAAUUACUGCAUAUGCUGAUCGUCUUCUUGAAGAUCUAGAUGACCUUGACUGGCCUGAAAGUGUAAAAGACAUGCAGAGGAACUGGAUAGGGAGGUCAGAAGGGGCUGAGAUGGAAUUUUCUGUUCUUAGUACUGAUGGGAAGGAAGGAGACAUAAACAUUAAAAUUUAUACUACAAGGCCUGACACCAUCUUUGGAGCAACCUACUUAGUAUUAGCACCUGAGCAUCCCUUGUUGCCACUGUUAGUAUCAACAUCACAGAGCAAGACUGUGGAGGAGUAUGUGGAUCUUGCUUCAAAAAAGAGUGAUCUUGAGAGGACUGAGCUUCAGAAGGAAAAAACUGGGGUCUUCAGUGGUUGCUAUGCGAAAAAUCCAGUUAAUGGCGAGGCAAUACCGAUAUGGGUUGCAGACUAUGUCUUGGGAAGUUAUGGAACAGGAGCAAUUAUGGCUGUACCUGCGCAUGACAGUCGUGACUAUGAGUUUGCUUUAAAAUAUGAUAUCCCGAUACGUUGGGUUGUGAUACCAGAUGAUAAAGAACUUAAGAAUUCUGGAAAAGCAUUUUCAGGUGAAGGCAUGGUUGUAAAUUCAUCAAAUCCAACAUCUGGACUUGACAUUAAUGGAAUGUCCAGCAAAGAAGCUGCUUUUAAAGUCAUUGAUUGGGCUGAGAAAACAGGAAAUGGGAAGAAAAAGGUGAACUACAAGUUGAGAGACUGGCUCUUUGCUCGCCAACGAUAUUGGGGGGAACCUAUUCCUGUGAUUUUCUUGGAAGAUACUGGUGAAAGUGUUCCGGUUCUUGAAACUGAACUGCCACUUAUGCUACCUGAAUUGGAUGAUUUUACUCCCACUGGAACAGGGGAACCACCACUGUCAAAAGCAGUGUCUUGGGUUAAAACCAACGAUCCUUUAUCUGGAAAACCUGCUAGACGAGAAACAAGUACUAUGCCACAGUGGGCUGGUUCUUGUUGGUACUAUUUGAGGUUCAUGGACACAAAAAAUUCAAAAGAAUUGGUUGCAAGGACAAAAGAAAAAUAUUGGAGCCCAGUUGAUGUGUAUGUUGGUGGUGCUGAACAUGCUGUUCUCCAUUUGCUUUAUUCUAGAUUCUGGCACAAGGUUCUUUUUGAUAUAGGCAUUGUCUCUACCAAAGAACCAUUCAAGUGUGUCAUAAACCAGGGAAUUAUUCUUGGGGAAGUUCAAUAUACAGCGUUGAGGGAUUCUGAAGGGAAUCUUAUCUCUGCAGACUCUGCUGAAAUGUCAGAUGAAUAUAUUCAGGAAAGGAUACCUGAGGAGAAGGUCGUGAAAUCUGGGGAUUCUUUUGUCCUGAAAGACAAUCCGGACAUUCGUUUGAUUGCCCGUGCUCACAAGAUGAGUAAGAGUAGGGGAAAUGUUGUCAAUCCUGAUGAUGUUGUUUCUGAAUAUGGUGCAGAUUCACUUCGUUUAUAUGAAAUGUUCAUGGGUCCACUUAGAGAUUCAAAAACAUGGAAUACAAGUGGUAUUGAAGGUGUCCAUCGAUUUUUGGGGAGAACUUGGAGGUUGGUUGUUGGUUCGCCUUUAACUGAUGGUACAUUUCCCGAUGGAACGGUGGUGACUGAUGAGGAACCUACAGUGGAACAACUUCGUUCUCUCCAUAAAUGCAUUGCUAAGGUGACAGAGGAAAUUGAAGGAACACGUUUCAACACUGGAAUUUCAGCAAUGAUGGAGUUCAUUAAUGUUGCUUAUAAGUGGGAUAAACAUCCAAGAUCUAUUAUUGAAGCAUUUAUUUUGUUGCUUUCACCUUAUGCACCUCACGUGGCUGAGGAACUUUGGUUUCGCCUGGGACACACAAAAUCAUUGGCAUAUGAGAAGUUUCCUAAGGCUGAUCCUGCUUACUUGAAGGAAUCUACUAUUGUCCUACCAGUUCAAAUCAAUGGCAAGACAAGGGGUACCAUCCAGGUUGAAGAAACAUGCUCAGAGGAAGAUGCUUUUGAGUUGGCUUCAAAGGAUGAAAAACUGUCCAAGUACUUGAAUGGGAUGGCAGUCAAAAAAAGAAUAUUUGUCCCUGGCAAGAUCUUAAAUGUUAUAUUGGAUCGUCAGAAUGCAAAGGUCGGUGUCCGAUAGUCCCUUGGCCACCAUGCAGUUUAAGUCAUCUGCCUUGCAAUGGAAGGCAUUAUGAUAUAUGGAGGUUAUAAUGACCAUAUAUGCUUUCACGACAAGGAAAUCCUUCCCUUGUUCAACACUGCAAGACAUUAUGCAAAGAUGAGAUCUUCCAGCUAAGCAUAUUCCGAUUCAAAAAGGAAGGACUUGGGCACCGAAAUUUAGGUAAGGACUAGAUAGAAAUGGGGUCUGGUUCAUUUGAUGGGAUAUCCCCCAAAGUUUUGCAAAAUAUAAUAUAUUUUUUCAAAAAAUAAAAAAUAAAAAAUUGCACGUCUAUUGUAUUUGCACCAGUAUCAUAUUUAUAACAAUGUUUAUUAGGCAUCACUAAUGUACAAUAUGUCAUAUUUGAUGAAAAGGGCAAAAUGGUCAAAUUAUUUAUUUAUUUCUUUUA